AUGCUUUUGAACAAAGGUCUUCGGGUUGUUGCUCCUGACUGCCUUGGCUAUGGGCGAACACUGGGUACUUCGAAGAUUAUUCUUGGAGGCCAUGAUUGGGGCGGCUUUGUGGUCUAUCGGAUUGCACUCCACUGUCCUGACUUUGUUACUCACAUCUUUUCCGUCUGCACCCCGUACGGGCCCCCUCACCGCGAGUUCGUUCCACUAGACGAACUGGUAACAACUCGCCUCCCCUUUUUUGGCUAUCAGCUUCAGUUUGUGAGCGGAGAGGUAGAGAAAGCUAUCAAAACCGAGAAGGAUAUUCGACAGUUCCUAAUUGCAUUGUUUGGUGGGAGGACUCCUACGGGAGAGUUCGGUUUUGAUGUCAAAAAGGGUGUACUUUUGGAUAAAUUGGCAGACUUGCAGCCCUCAUGGCUGCUGAGUGAAAAGGUAAUCAAGGCGGUGAGCUCAAUUAUUACGUUGAAGAUAAACUGGUACCGCAUCCGCGAGCAAAAUUAUAAAGACGACCUGGAGCUUAUCGGUCGUGGCCUCGACAUUCCAGUCCUUUUCAUCAGGGCCACAAAUGAUGACGCUUUGCGCCCUGAGUUGUCAAAAAAUAUGCACAAAUACCUUCCAAAUUUGAUCCAGGCAGAGAUUGAAGGUACACAUUGGGUUCUGUGGCAGAAGCCCGAAAGAUGUAAUGAGGUUAUCGCGAAAUGGAUCGACAAUGUUGUGUUUGAAACACAGGGUAAACUGUAA